GUCUGCAGCCACCAGUCAGCGUUCCUGACCAGUCCAUCAAUGGGAUGUCUGUCAUAUCCUACCAUCAUAAUCAAUAGGACCUCUUUCGCAAGUAUAUAGAUUCAGUCCAUCAUCAUGAUAACACCAGUGGAACUACACGCGCCGUUCAUUUGCUACGGGUACAACUGCCCGCUAAUGAGUCAUGCGACGCCGGCGCCCGUUCCACCACCCACGCCAUUCACGUUCAUGGCACCCAAUGGGGUCCCCUAUCCACCCCCGUUUCCAUUCAGGAUGAACCCCAGAGCUCCGUGUAUGGUACCCACUCGGUUCGACCGACCAUUUUCGCCACCCGCACCGUCAGAAUUGGUCCCUAUUCAAGAAGCUGCCAUUAUUUAUCCAGACAUACAGCGAGCUAUCGUUACAGAGCUAGAUGAUAAUACGCCCGAUUACAAAGUAGACGAUGCGCCAACUACGUCUGAUGCACCAAUCAACUUUGCUUCUUGUAAAGAGCGAUACAGCGGCGUUGGUGAUGUCCGACCAUUUAUUAGUGCCAUCCUCAACUAUAAGAUCUGUAGCGAAAUGAAAGAUGAUUCCGCUCUCCGUAGCUUCCCCUUGCUACUAACAGAUGUUGCAGCGAUAUGGUGGCAAUCGAACAAAGCAGAAGUUACUGAUUGGAACGAAGCAGUCGAAAUUCUGCGCAUCAAAUACCGAGCUCGUCCACAGCCUCAUAAAAUUUUCCGCCGCCUUGUGACUGCGCACCAGAAAACUGAGCCAACUUCGGUGUUCGUGCAAAAGGUCAGAAGUCUACUUAAUCAGCUGCCUCCACAUACACUGACUGAAGACACCCAGCUGGAUUUGGUCUUCGGGUUAUUGCACCGCCGCAUAAGGGAGAAGCUGAACAGGAAUGACUGCAACGACUUCUCACAGCUUCUGGAAUUUGCUCGACAAGUCGAGGAUACAUUCGACGACGUGUCCAGCUCGGCGUCUACUGAGGCCCCUGAUUCGCCCGUGCAGCCCGACACUCCAGUAGAACCGCAACAAACUUCUGUAACUUCGGUGACUCCAUCACCGCCUGUAAUAUCUAAAGGCACUUGCAAAAACUGCAACGUAUACGGGCAUCUUCUUAUACGCAUGUGUCGAAAGUUACACCGAGAACAGAAGACUGGGGAAGACACUAAAAUGCUCGAAGAGAUUAACAAGUUGGAUUCGGAGAAAUUAAAUAGAUUGAUCUGUUAUCGCUGUCGGUCAGCUAACAUUGUUCGCUUGAAGUGCCAGAGCUGUUCCAUCGAGAUUUCAGUGAAGCCUGGCAGGCGUCCAUUGCUGACGGUCGACAUUUACGACCGAAACUUCGACAUCCUUGUAGACACAAGCGCGAAAAAUUGCAUCGCGUCUACUGAUCUGAUGACACACUUGAUUGCAAAUGGACAAGAUUUUAACUACGACGAUUUGGUUAUUUCUGUGAAUGGGAAGCUGAUGCGUCAAGUGUUUCGCGUGGCGACUGUCGCAGUGUGGGUAGCUGGAGUCAUGAUUCCGACAUCUUUUGUGAAUGUGCCCGAUGCUAAAGAGAACGUGCUGGGCAUGGAUUUUAUUUGGAACGCUGGAUUGGUGAUCGAUUUCAGAGGAACUGGGACAUGGACUGUUCGAGGCGUGAACGACGAGUUUCCUGUACUUUGCGAGAAAAAUACCCGAGACGAGGAAGGUGGCUAAAAAGGUUAGUACACCUAACAACUAACUUAUGCCAUAAUCUGGUACUAUUCUUCGUGUUCUUCGAUCACCAAAUGCCGACAGGUUAUUCCAUUUCGUCUGUCUGUGUAUUUCGAAUUUAGUAACCGCCCAAAAAGCUAAUUUGUGAUUAUUCAAUGUAAGACUGUGACAGUGUGCUACAAUAAAUUUUAUUUUUUAAUAAUUUAUUGUAAUGUUGCACGCGAAAUUGUUGGUAGAAUUUUAAAUUCUCUUAUGUACCUAAAUGAUAAGUUUAUUUUGGCGUCUUGCCAUUUCCCUGUUGAUCGAAGAUUUUGCAAAUCAUUAACUAGGGUUUUUAGGGUGUAAAAUAAAACGCAGCAUUUACCUUAACCAGAUAUAUUCGUUCAAACAACAUGAAUUAUCCUGAGGAAUGUCAGAAAUGUACCAUUAACAAUAUAACAUUAUAUACAGAAUGUUUCAACACAACACUUAUAUAGAACUGUAUGACUUUCUUCAAGUAGAAUCAUGAAACGAUUUUUUAAGCAAGGAUUUUAAAUUCUUGAGAACCAUUUUAAAAAUGU